AUGGGGAUGUGGGCCCUGCUGCUCCUACGGCUGGCGGCCGCAGCCCAGGCCCAGGUCUGCUCUGUGAACAAGAACCUCGUCGAAGUCGAGGAGAACACGAGUCCUGGGCAGCCCCUCCUUGACAUCUACGUUCCUGAUGACCAGCAGGUGACCCUCGGACCCUCGUCCACCCGUUUCGCUUUUCGGAUCCAGGGGACUCAGCUAUUUCUCAACAUGACCCCAGACUACGAGGAGAACUCAAUGCUGCAGGCCCUCCUGGAGUGCAAGAGGGGUGACGCCGUGGUGACCCAGCUGAGGGUGUUUGUGUCUGUGCUGGACGUCAACGACAACCCGCCCACAUUCCCCUUCAAAGACAAGGUCCACCUGGUGCCCGAGGACACUAAAGUGAACUCCGUCAUCAUCCCCGAGACAGAGCUGAAGGCCGAGGACCUUGACAAGAAUGACAUCCUGUUCUACACCCUCCAGGAAGUGACCCCAGGUGCCAGCAGCUUCUUCUCCUUGGUGGGUGCAAACCGCCCAGAGCUGCGGCUGGACCGGUCACUGGACUUCGACAGGUGGCCAAACAUGACCUUCCGGCUGCUGGUCCGGGACACACGGGAGGAGAAGGUGGAGCCCAGCCACACGGCCACGGCCACGCUGGUCCUGGAGGUGCAGCCUGCCGACCUGCGGCCCCCCUGGUUCCUGCCCUGCACCUACGUGGAUGGUUUUGUCUGCAUCCAUGCCCAGUACCAGGGGGCUGUGCCCACAGGCCACAUACUGCCAGGCCCUCUCAUCCUGCACCCUGGGCCCAUCUACGCCGUGGACGGGGACCGGGGCGUCAACCAGCCCAUCACCUACAGCAUCAUCAGGGGAAACGAGAACGACACGUUCUCUAUCGCUGCCAACUCCGGCAACCUCACCAUGGCCAAGAGUGUUGCCAGUCCCAGAACCUUCCUUCUGCUGGUCAAGGGGGAGCAGGAUGAUCUCGCCAGGUACACGGUGACCCCCGUCACAGUGGAGGCCCUGGCCGCCAGCGGGAGCCUGCCCCGCUUCCCCCAGAGCCUGUACCGCGGCACUGUGGCGCUCAGCUCUGGGGCAGGCGUGGCCGUCAAGGAUGCCGCCGCCCCCUCCCAGCCUCUGAGGAUCCGGGCCCAGGACCCUGAGUUCCCAGACCUCAACUCAGCCAUCACGUAUCGAAUCACCAACAACUCCAACUUCCGAAUGGAUGGGGAGGCCGUGCUGACCGAAGCUUCGCUGGCACAAGCCGGGGUCUUCUACGCAGAGGUUGAGGCCAAGAACACAGUGACCUCAGGCACAGCGACCACUGUCGUAGAGGUUCAGGUCUCAGAACAGGAACCCACCCCCACAGGCCCCCCAGGCCCCACCACGUCCCCAGAGAUGGCAGGAACGACCAGACCCUCAAGCGGCACCACUUCAGAAGGUCCCCGGCCCCCUGAGCCCUCUCAGGCGUCCUCCACGACCAGCUCUGGUGGGGACACUGGCCCCCACCCCUCCUCAGGCACAACUCUGAGGCCACCAGCCUCCUCCAAGCCUGGGGGGACCCCGGGUGUGGGAACCAGCCCUUCUCCCUCAUCAGCCUCACCCAGCGGGGGCUCAGCAACCAGACCCUCAAGCGGCACCACUUCAGAAGGCCCCCGGCCCCCUGAGCCCUCUCAGGCGUCCUCCACAACGAGCUCUGGGGGGGACACUGGCCCCCACCCCUCCUCAGGCACAACUCGGAGGCCACCAGCCUCCUCCAAGCCUGGGGGGACCCUGGGUGCGGGAACCAGCCCCUCCUCCUCAUCAGCCUCACCCAGCGGGGGAUCAGCACAGACCCUGAAGCCAGGAACCUCUCCACUGACGUCCUCUGGGCCCAGCAGGACCCCCUGGUCCUCAGGGACGCCCGGGACUGGAGGAAGCAGCACUGCAGCAGGCGGCAGGCCAGAGGGAGAACAGGCUGAGGACCGGCACUUCUCGGUGGUGGACAUGGCGGCGCUGGGCGGGGUGCUGGGCGCGCUGCUCCUUCUGGCUCUGAUUGCCCUCAUGGUCCUCGUCCACAAGCACUAUGGCCACCGACUCAAGUGCUGCUGUGGCAAAGCUCUGGAACCCCAGCCCCAAGGCUUUGACAACAAGGCUUUCCUCGACAGCCCUGACGAGACCAACUGGGCGCCGGCUCCUAGCCCCUCAUCCAGCCCUGUCCCGCCGGCACCCCCAGAACCCAAGCCCCCCAGCCCCGAGGCCCCUAGCCGUGUCCCCGUGUCCCCUGCGGUGGCCACGGAUGGGGGCAGCCCGGCGGCUGUGCGGUCCAUCCUGACCAAGGAGCGGCGGCUUGAGGGUGGCUACAAGGCUGUGUGGUUUGGCAAGGACAUCGGGGCAGAGGCUGACGUGGUGGUCCUCAACACACCUGCCUCGGAAGCGGACGGUGCUGGCGACUCGGGCAGCGAGGGCAGCGGUGACGAGGACACGGACGUGGGCCUGGGCAGGGGUGCCCAGGACGUGCCUGGCUCCGACUUCAUCUACUUUUAG